AUGCCACGCGAGAUCAUCACCAUCCAAGCUGGACAAUGCGGCAACAGCAUUGGAAGUCAGUUCUGGCAGCAGCUUUGCCAGGAGCAUGGAAUUAGCCAGGAUGGCAACCUGGAGGACUUUGCGACGGAGGGCGGCGAUCGCAAGGAUGUGUUUUACUACCAGAGCGACGAUACGCGAUAUAUCCCCAGGGCGAUUCUGAUUGAUUUAGAACCCCGAGUGUUGAACAGCAUCCAGACGGGCCCGUAUCGAAACAUUUACAACCCGGAAAACUUUUACGUGGGGAAGAAUGGAAUGGGCGCGGCGAAUAACUGGGGUGAUGGAUAUCAGAGCGGUGAGGCGGUUUACGAGGAUGUCAUGGAGAUGAUUGACCGAGAGGCGGAUGGCAGCGACUCGCUGGAGGGCUUCAUGAUGCUGCACUCGAUUGCCGGAGGUACUGGCUCAGGUCUGGGGUCGUUCCUCCUUGAGCGGCUUAACGAUCGGUUUCCCAAGAAGAUUAUACAGACAUACUCCGUCUUUCCCAACACAACAAACGCCCCGGAUGUCGUGGUGCACCCUUAUAACAGCAUUCUGUCCAUGCGGAGACUGACACAGAAUGCCGACUCGGUUGUUGUCCUUGACAACGGCGCGCUAUCACACAUUGCAGCAGAUAGACUGCACGUUCAAGAGCCUUCGUUUCAGCAGACGAACCAGCUGGUCGCAACUGUCAUGUCUGCGAGUACCACUACUCUCCGUUACCCUGGGUACAUGCACAACGAUCUCGUUAGCAUUUUGGCUUCGUUGAUACCGACGCCGCGAUGCCACUUCCUCAUGACGGCCUACACACCGUUCACCGGCGACCAGGUUGAGCAGGCCAAGACAGUCCGCAAGACGACGGUUCUAGACGUGAUGAGGCGACUGCUACAGCCAAAGAACCGCAUGGUGUCCACGGUGCCUGGCAAGAAGAGCUGUUACAUUUCCAUCUUGAACGUUAUUCAGGGAGAGGUUGAUCCGACAGACGUGCACAAGAGUUUGCUGCGUAUCCGAGAGCGCAAGCUGGCCACAUUCAUCCCGUGGGGACCCGCCAGUAUCCAGGUGGCGCUGACAAAGAGGAGUCCAUAUAUGCCCAUGAGCCAUCGCGUGAGCGGUUUGAUGCUGGCAAAUCACACGAGCAUUGCUACGCUCUUCAAGAGAAUAUUAAAACAGUACGACGGCAUGCGCAAGCGCAAUGCCUUUAUCGAGGGCUACAAGAAGACGGCGCCCUUUUCGGAAAACCUAGACGAGUUUGACGAGGCAAGGCAGGUAGUAUCUGACCUGAUACAGGAGUACGAGGCCGCAGAGGACGCAGACUACUUGAACCCGGACAAUGGUGAAAAGGCCACGUCUGCUGAGGCAGAUAGGCGAAUGGCAUGA